GUUAACAUUCUUCUUCUGCUUUUGAAUACGGUGUGUAUCAAUUUUCGUAUGUGCGACGACGACGACGUGCAGUUUCGACGUGAAAAAUAAUAAAAAAAAAGAAGAAAAUUAAAUAAUAAAAAAGGAGGAAAAAUCGUGCACAUUGGAUGACAUCGGAUGUAAUUAAUUAUCCACAUUUAUUUUAUGAUUUUAAUCGACCAAAUUUUUCGUUGGUUUUGAUACAAUCGAGGAAUCGGAAUUAAAAGAUAUUAUCAGUGACACUAAUGAAAUAUCAGUGGAUUAUGAUAUAAAUUACACAAAAAAUAAAAAAAAAAAAACAAAAAGUUCCAAAAAUUAUUAUUUAUCACAUUUUCCGUUCAUAGAAAGAAAAUUCUAUUAAUUUAAGUGAAAAAAAAAUAAGUGAAUAUUUUGACCAAAAGUCGUGCAAAACUUAAUCCAAUUCCAAUUGACACGACGACGAAUUUAUCGAGUUGAAAGAAAAAUAUUUAUUUAUCUCUUUUGGAAGAAAAUUGCUCGCAACAAACAUGAAAAUGGAUCGAAAACACAUGUAUACGCUGGGAGUCGUAUUUUUCAUUAUUUUAGAAGUUUGUAACUCCGUCAAAAUUACCAAUCUAAAGGCACCGGAUGUCGUUGUGAUAAAUGAGAAUAACCAGGAACCAAUUGUGUUAGAUUGUGAAUACGAAAUUGGUCCAAAUGAGAAGGGAUUUGUACUUAAGUGGCUGUUGGAUGGGAGUCCCAUUUAUCAGUGGAUUCCGUCAAGAGCGCCAUUUGCAUUGCGCUCCUUCAAAGAUCGCGUCAACGUGAGCUACGAAGCCUCCACAGAACGCAACUACAAACAUCGAGCACUUGCCAUCACACGUCCCCUAUGGAACUUCACCGGAGAAUAUUUGUGCAACGUGCAAACGUACGAAUCGAAUGACAAAAGAUCGAGAAAGAUUCAAUUUAUCCAGCCGGAAACGAAAUUUGACGUUAGCUUUGACAAUGUCGACGAUGAGGUGGCUAUCAUGAGGUGUAGCGCACACGGAAUUGCCCCCAAGCCGAAUGUAACUUUAUACGUUGAUAGCAUCAAACAAACGGACGUCACGGAGAACACAGAACAGACAGAUGAUAAUUUAUUUGAUGUCGUUGUACACACAAAAAUAUUCCGGAGCGUACUGAAGGAGGGAUCAUCUAUUCACUGCGAACUGACAAUUCCGGGAACCAAUUAUGUCCAAACCAAAGAUAUUUCCUAUUCAAGAUUGAUUCGUCCAUCAUCAACUACUACCACUACUACUACUUCUACGCAAAAAACAGAUGUUGAGGAAAAAAUUAGCACAAUUUCGCAAUUUGCCGAUCGUGAAAAGUUGCGUAACGAGGAUAGCUCAAGUACCAAACUGUCAACGCCAGCUACAAUCAUGAUUUCCAUAGUAAUGUUUCUCAUUUCAAAGCUUUAAUACGAGAUCACCAAAGAACCACAACACGAUAAACUAUUUUACGGUAAGCUAGUAACAAACUAAUACAACUAACAACUAACUACGAAAGAAGAAAAAAAAGUUUUAACUUUGGAUUUUUUAUAAAAAAAAAUGUAAC